AUGCCGGUGACAUGUGAGCGAGGCGGGUCAGCAAACGGUCAUGGUAGCAUCCGCCAGGCGCAAGUCGCGUUCGCUGCACUCCAUGGUCCAGGGCUCCAGUUCGAGAUGCAAGUGCAGGCCGCGCUGCGUUGUGAUCAUCAUGCCGCGCAGUGCCGCUGCACCUCGCAAGGGCAGCUCCACUGGCGCCGCCUGCCUCAAACCGCUCUCCCCUCUCUUCGUGAGCAAGCAGGGAAGGAAGGGAGCAGCACCGCGGGUCGGAUGGGGGUAGGCGAGUGCAAGAGCAACGACUACGGCGCCGCCGCAUACUGGGACGCCCGCUACUCCUCCGGCUCCCCAACUUCCGCCGCCGCCGGCUGUGGGUUCUUCGACUGGUACCAGACGUACCCGGCGCUGCGGUCGCUCCUCCGCGCCCGCGUCCCGGCCUCCUCCCGCGUCCUCAUGCUCGGCUGCGGUAACUCCCUUUUGUCAGAGGACAUGGUGAAGGAUGGUUAUGAGGACAUUGUAAACAUAGACAUUUCAUCUGUGGUCAUCGAGCAGAUGAGAGAGAAACACAAGGAGAUCACACAGCUAACAUAUAUGCAGAUGGAUAUUAGGGACAUGGGUUUCUUUGGUGACGAAUCAUUUGAUUGUGUCCUUGAUAAAGGAACCCUGGAUGCUAUGAUGUGUGCUGAUGAUGCUCAUGGUGCUUCCAAAAUGCUAGCAGAAGUGGCAAGGCUUCUGAUGCCUCAUGGGGUCUACUUAUUGAUAACAUAUGGUGCUCCUAAGGAACGAGUCCCACUUCUGAACCAGUCUGGAUGCAGCUGGAGUAUUGCACUCUACAUCAUGCCCACACCUGGAUACCAACUGAGAAUGAGUAAAGGUGCUCCACGGCCUAUCAUGGAGGAAGUUGCACUCACAGACGAUGAUCAACUACCACCUGACUAUGUUCUCAAAGAUCCAGAGUCGCAUUUCAUUUAUGUUUGUCACAAGUUGGCGGAGAAAGGGGCUAAUUGCAGAGAUACUGAUCCCGAGGAAACAGCAGAUGCAAAUUAA